AUGUUUUGGUGCACAAAGUGCCUAAAUGCCUUUGGCCAGGAUGAAAAAUCUAUCAUCGCGGGCUACGCGCCCGGAGUUAGCGGCAUGGAAUCCAUCGAUGAAUCAAGUUGUUUGAACGAUGAACUUCGAGAGGACAGCGAUUUAUCGAACGCUGUUGAAUGUGCACGUACGUGUAAAUUAGGGGAAACGAAAACGUGUUACUACAAAUUCGUGAUUGAGCGUUACCCCAUCAAUGGCCAAGCAUGCAGUUUAUGUAUGCCCAACGCUACCAACACCUUGUGCCCCAAUUGCCAAUGUGCACCUGGGGAUGGAACGCAAAGAAUAGCUUUGACCGUGAACAGAAUGAUACCAGGCCCAAGUAUACAAGUUUGCGAAGGAGAUUACAUCGUGGUCGAUGUUAUGAAUAUGCUAAAGUCAGAUUCGGUAACGAUUCAUUGGCACGGCUUAUUUCAACAGGGUUCUCCAUACUACGACGGAGUCCCGCACUUGACACAGUGUCCAAUCAUAGUUCAAAACACGUUCAGGUACCAAUUUUAUGCCAAUAACUGUGGCACUCACUUCUGGCAUGCACACACCUCGACGCAGAAACUUGAUGGUCUAUUCGGUAGCUUUAUCGUACGAGAACCAGCCCAAAACGAGCCCUAUGCGAAACUGUACGACUACGAUUUGGCAAAUCACGUGAUCAUUGUCAACGAUUGGUUAAGAGAAGAGUCUACUAGCCGACUUCCGGGUCGCAGGGCGGGAGAGACUGGGCGGAAUGCAGACACGUUCUUAAUCAACGGAAAAGGAGGAUUCAUAGAUUCCGAUGGGGAAACGACAAAUAUUCCGUACGAUGUGAUUACAGUGGACGCUAAUAAACGCUACCGUUUUCGUUUCAUUAAUUCAUUCUGUACCGUUUGCUCUGGACAACUGACUGUCGAAGGUCAUGAUCUGACUGUUAUCGCCAUAGAUGGUCAACUUAUAGAACCUGUCACGGUUGACUCUAUAGUUUCCCUUGCUGGUGAACGAUAUGACUUUGUUAUUAAUACCAAUAAAACACCUAGUGCUUAUUGGAUACAGAUUCGUGGUUUGAAUAGUUGCGCAAGUAUCCUGCAGUUAGCUGUAUUACAAUACGUUGGAGAACUUUCUACGCCAAGCACGAAUGAACCUACUUCUACGGAUCCUCUUCCUGCCGGAAUUUCACUGAACGUAGCAGCUACCAACUGCGAUGUCCCAAAUGCCGAUGAAAUUUGUGCCAGUGACUUGAAAAGCGCUUUGCCAAUCGAUCCAGGCAUCCUGAAGAAAGAACCGGAUGUGAAGCUGUAUCUAUCCAUAGGCAUGCAGAGCUACAAACCAGACGAAACUUUCGUACCUAACCAAUACCAGAAUUAUUUAGUUUUAUCGCAAAAUAAGACGAUGAUUACCACGUUGAAUAAUAUUACCUCGGAUUCCCCAAGCGCACCGCCACUUUCGCAGUUCGAUGAUGUAGCCGAAGAAGAAUUCUGCAGUGUCGACAAUUUGCCAUCUAAUUGCACUUCCAGCGAACCGUGUACGUGUAUACACUUAAUCAAGAUUCCGUUGGAUUCCAUCGUGGAGAUCAAUGUGAUCGAUGAGUUUAAUGCGCAAUCCGUACGACAUGCGUUCCAUUUGCAUGGAUUCGCGUUCAAUGUUAUUGCUUUGGGUCAACCCUUGGGCCCCACUUCCGACGAGAACCCCAGGAUAACACUGGACUACUUCAAACAACUCGAGGAAAAUGAUCUGAUAGAAAAGGAUUUGAUAUCUCCUCCAGGGAAAGAUACUAUUCCUGUACCUAAUAACGGAUAUGCUGUACUUAGAUUCCGUGCAAGUAAUGCAGGUUACUGGCUGUUCCACUGUCAUCAGAUUUUCCAUCAGAUCGCUGGUAUGGAAGUUAUUUUCCAAGUUGGAGAAGUAAGAGAUAUACCAUCGGUUCCGAAAAAUUUCCCAAGAUGCGGCAACUAUAAGCCCGCAAUACAGGUUAAAAAUAAAGAUUCGAAACGGAAAAUUAAUCGAAAACAAGAAUGA